GCGGCGACCACAGUAAAAAGUUGGGACUUUCUUUGUAUUCAAAUUGUAAAGCAUUAACCUUCCAGAAAAAACAAGAAGGUAAAAGCAUUAACUUUUAAAAAAGAAAAGAAAAAGAAGGUAAAACAUUUAAAAAAAAAAAAAACAUUUACAUUUUUUAAAAAAAAAAACUGCUUUUUUCCAUAAUAUUUAGGACCCUCUAGAUUCCAACCCACUUUACUUUUGUGUUGAAGUAUCAAAUUUUCUCAUUCUCAUUCGAGGACAAUCAACCCUCACCCCAUGGAAGCAAAAACUGAUAAUACAGUACGGUUAACAUGGACGAUUGAGAACUUUACAAGGCUGAAUACCAAGAGUGUAUACUCUGAAAGUUUCUAUGUUGGAGGAUACAAAUGGCGGGUGCUUAUAUAUCCAAAGGGGAACAAGAAUUCGGACCAUUUUGCGAUUUAUUUAGAUGUUGCGGAUUCAGAAACUUUGCCAUAUGGGUGGACUAAACACAUUAAAUUCAGCGUAUCUGUGAUCAAUCAUAUUGAUAACAAGACCACAGUAAAGAAAGACGCUCAACACCAGUUCCAUGCCCAAGAAAGUGAUUGGGGUUUCACUUCAUUCCUGCCUCUUAGUGAAUUAUCUGACCCUAGUAGAGGUUAUAUCGUGAACGAUACAUGUGUAGUUGAAGUUGAUUUUCAUGGCUUCCGUUCAGUUGAACUUAAGGUUGAGGCGGCAAAGACUGCCUCGGUCCAAGUUCCGGAAGUUGAGUUGCUGAGAAGUACUCCAAUGGGUGCUCUUCUUGAGUCGUCUUCAUUUGAUGACUUGGAUGCCUAUACCUCCAAGUUGUUGUCUGAAGUAGAGACUGAUGGACCCUCCAUUCCUCAAUCCACUAUUGAGGAAGCCAAAAAAUUCUUUAUAAAGAUGCUAUCUCAGGACCUAUCAGAAAUUCCUGAUUUUGCCGCACACCUUACAGAAUCAAUCUGUGUCUUGUCACAGUGUUGUGACCUUACUCCAGCCCAGCUUGGACAGUUGAACACCCUUAAGAUUGAGUUUCCAACACUUCUCAAAUCUUUGAUGAAGUCAAAAAUAGCAGAAAAGCAAGGAACAAAGAAGUGUGUGGUUGGGCAAGUAAAGAUUAAUGCAUUUACGUUCCAAAUGCAGAGGGCUAUUCACAAGGACUUGAUCGCGAAGGAGGCCGAGCUUCAACAAGAACUGGCAAAGAUCUCUGAGAAGAAGAAAAGUGUUGAGAAAGAGAUCAAGCAACUGCAUGGGAAGAUGGUUAAUCUAGAACAGUCUAGAUCCCUCUGUUCUUAAGGAGAUCUCAACCCCUUUAUUUGCAAGAAGAAUAGCUUUUGUUGGUCUAUUGUUAUAUUUGUCUCUAUAGACCGUUUAUAUUCUACUUUUAAUUUCAUGUUUUUUGGAUAUUGAACUUUUUUCUGGUUUGUUGGGAUCCAUAUUCUAUACUUUUAGUCCUUCAAUUCUACUUUAAAUUGCACUUGUUUCAGGAUUAAUGAAUGUGAUUAUCUUUUUAAUUUUA